AUGGGCUCCGUCUCCAUCUCAGAAUUUCCCCGCAUCAAGGAGAUCCGCACCUUCGUCAUCGACGGGGUCGGCUCCGGCGGCGACUACCACAAUGUCAAGGGAGGUCACUGGCUCAUCGACAGCAACAUCGCCACUCCGAUGGCCAAGUGGGCGCAAUACCGCGGCUCGCGGACAUCGUGGGGUAUCAACGUGCUGGGAUCAUUCUGUGUGGAGAUUGAGGCUACCGAUGGAACGAAGGGUUUCGCAACUGGCUUCGGCGGACCUCCCGCAUGCUGGCUAGUGCACCAGCACUUCGAGCGCUUCCUGAUCGGCGCUGACCCUCGUGAUACCAACAACCUGUUUGAGAAAAUGUAUCGGGCGUCCAUGUUCUAUGGCCGUAAGGGUCUGCCGGUGGCAGUGAUCUCGGUGAUCGAUUUGGCGCUGUGGGAUCUGCUGGGCAAGAUUCGCAACGAGCCUGUCUACAAGCUCAUUGGCGGCGCGACUCGGGAGCGAUUGGAAUUCUACUGCACUGGCCCUCAGCCUGCAUCAGCCAAAGCAGCGGGCUUUAUUGGUGCCAAGGUGGCAUUGCCACACGGCCCCGACGAGGGCACUGAGGGUCUGCUUAAGAACGUUGAGUAUCUUCGUCUGCAGCGGGCCAGCGUGGGACCUGACUUCCCUCUCCGCGUGGACUGCUACAUGUCUCUUACCGUGCCAUACACUAUUCAGCUGGUGAAGCGCUGCGAGGCGCUGGGCUUGGAUAUUGACUGGUGGGAGGAGUGCCUCUCGCCCGACGAUUUCGACGGCCAUGCCUUGCUGAAGCGUGCCCACCCGACCGUGAAAUUCACCACCGGCGAGCACGAAUACUCUCGCUAUGGAUUCCGCAAGCUGGUCGAGGGCCGCAACCUUGAUAUCCUGCAGCCUGAUGUGAUGUGGGUGGGCGGUAUGACCGAGCUCCUGAAGGUCUCCGCACUCGCCGCCGCAUACGACAUUCCCAUUGUUCCCCACGCCUCUGGUCCUUACUCUUACCACUUCGUCGUGUCACAAUCUAACAGUCCCUUCCAAGAAUACCUGGCUAAUUCGGCCGACGGCAAGUCCGUGGAGCCCGUCUUCGGCAACCUCUUCCUCAACGAGCCCAUCCCCACCAAGGGAUUCCUCGAUGUCUCAAUUCUGGACAAGCCUGGCUUUGGCCUGGAGCUCAAUCCAGCUGCUCCGUUGAUUCCAGCCGCUGCGCUUCUGAACCCUGCACCCCAGAAGAGCCUACGAGCCCCAGAUGACAAGGAAACCAGUUGA